CGGAGGUAGAGAGCGACGACGUAGACGUGGUCACCAUCGAGGGGAGUAAGGAGAGGAAGAGAGAGAGAGAGAGGGGGGAGAGAGAGCGAACGACAUCGUCGUCGAAACCGUGGCGGCCGGCGCGGUGCCGUAGGAGCGACAGGGGGUUGACGGUGCGGUGAGGAGGUGUCAGAGGGCCGUGAACGCGUCCGCGGGUGUCCGGCGCUCUUUCUCGCAGUCUGAUGCCGCCGGUCGUAACAACGGGUUCACGCGUGUACCGUCAGUCCGGAACAUAGUUCGGAGCGUAGUCGCGACGGCUCUCAGGGGGCGAGAAGAGUUCGCGAGAAGAGAAGAGUUGCGCGAUCGGAUCGAGUCAGCGUAAAUUCGCGAAAGGUUGAACGAUCGAGCGGAAAGGUUGAACCGCGCAAGCGGAAUCGCGAUAGCGUGGAGCAGCAUAGAUUCGGUAGCUUCCACGAAAGCGCGACCGAGUCGCGAUUUCACGAAGGCGCGACCGAAGUCGCGUGAGGAUCGCCGCAGGAAUUAAGCGGAAUUGUGCGAAAUCGCGAAGGAAACGUAUUUAUGCGACUUCGGUGAGUGAGUGACAACUCUCGGAGAAAAGCCAACGGAGCCUGUAGGAGAGAGUGGGCGAUCAUCGUUCGAUGCCGCCCUGGCGCCGUGAACUGCGGUGGUGAACCGCAGUAGCAAGAUCGCGCGAGGAUGAGCGAUGUCGGUCGAUUGUCGCGCGUUGUAACGGACAGAUAAAACGACGUCUUGCAGCUAAGCGAUGAGUUUCUUGCGGACAUGAUCGAAUGGGACAACGUGGGAAAAUUAAGAGGGAGAACUUCAGAUUGCUGAAGGCUCAUUCCUUUGGUCUUCAACUAGGCACGUUUUUAAAUCACGUUCAUCGACCGCAGGGAAGUUUGACCUGGUUGUGGUCGAAGUUUGCGACGCUAAGUAUGGCGAGAAGCAACAACAACGGUUGUGGACACGGUUCCAAACAUACUGUCCGGCGUUGCGAUGUCGCCGUCAUGUCACGUGGUAAGGCAACGUUCCAGCAGCAUGAAUCGAUUGGAGUUGUUAACGGAGGCAAUGUCCAGCAACGUAGUAACGAUGACAGUACCGGGAACAGCAAUGGCAUCGUCACCGGCAACAAUCAUAAUCAAAUAGAAGGUACAGCAGACUAGAAUCAUUCUCUUGGACGGACUCGGCGCACUUCACGAUUAAUAGGACGAGAGGGUGAAUGCAUCUCACAGGAUGAAUUCGUGCGCGCUCUACUUUUCCCAACUGCGGUUUCGCGAC